AUGUCAGAGGGGUCAGAGAUGAAAACCUCUGUGGCAGGACACCAGAAAAACAUCCUUCGAGCAGCCAGGGCGCUGGAGUCCCACUGUGCAAGAGUGACCACACCAAGGUUCGUGCUGACCCACUCUUAGACUAAUGAUAAGAACACGAAGUGCUUAAACAGUAAUAUCCUGGUCCUGGACAAACAUUAAGUGUCAUUCUGCAUGAAUCCAAUGUAUAACAACCAAGUAGAUGUAUAUGAGUUAUUUUUGAACAUAUCCGAGCAGUUUUAAAAUAAAAAGUGCUGAUUUUUGUGGUGUCCUUCCUGCUGAACAGUCAAACCAGCAUUCCACUUUCUCUCCCAGAAGGAGAGUGAAUAUGUCAACCAGAAAUUCCAGCAUCUGCGCCUCCUGGCCACCAUGAGGUCACAAAAUAUCCCCAGAGACGCUGUCACGCAUCCCCUAGGAAGGUGCAAAUGUUUACUGUGUACAGUUAGAUGCAUCAACAGAACAAUACAAAAGGACCCUUGUGAGGAUAGUAUCAUGACUUGAUAGAGACCUUAUUUUCUCCACCUUAAAAACUCAAUAAGACAUUAUCACAUGAAUCAUAUUACAUUGAAGAUGUAGUAGAGGAGGUAAUAAGCUGAAGUUUUACUUUAUCUUUCAAUGAUCAAAUGAGACUAAGUGGUAAAAGAGUUAUUUUACUUACUCUCAUAACGUCUGUGGGCUGCACUCGAUACUUUACAGCCCUGUAAGAACUUCUAUAGAUUAUGGUCAGCAUCACCACACAGAUGUUAACAAGAGACUGUAUUUCAACAAGUCACUCAUAGCUGCCAUCUGCUGGUCAUUUUCUGUGCAUCGAGCAUAAUUUGAGCUGUCCUGCAGAUGGAGAGUUCUCACUUCGGUGCGCAAUGCAUGUUAGAAGAUGUGUGCUAAGCUAAGGGGUAAUACACAUGAGAAAUACUAGCCACAAUCUCGACAUUAAACUCAAGAGGUUUAAGGAAAUGCAUAUGGUAAAUGCAAUAAUUAUGUCGAAAUCUGUAGUAUUCAGCAUAGUGUCACCAGGACUGAGUAUUGCAUCAUUUCACUCUUCCUGUAAGUUUCUGCUGACAAAUUGAAAAAAGGACACAAAGGAAAAAAAUACUUAACAUCUUAAUUAUCAUGAAAGCAUUCAAGUUUUAUGGAGUUAAUGGAAACAAAACCAACCAGGCCCCUCUCCUCUGGAAUGGUCUACCAAUCAGGGUCCAGGAGGCAGAUGCCACUCUUAAGAACAGGUCUAAAACUUUCCUUUUUGAUAAAGAUCAUGGUUCAGGCCAGCUCUUAGUUAUGCUGCUAUAGGCUUGGACAACCAGAGGAACUGACACGGCAAACUCCGAUCUCUCACGUUUUCUUUUCUCUUCGUCUACAUGUAACUGACCAGAAGUCUUUCUGGGAGUCCCCAAACUCCCUUAUCUCAUAGGUUCCCGUUUCACUGGCUGAUAUUGGUCAUGAAUAUCAGUUUCACCAUUACUAUCACUGUUAAAAUGUUAAUUUUAGAACAACUUUACCUCACCAGCUUUAAUUGAUAUACCCAUUCCCAUUACUAUUAUCAACAAACGCUAUUGGACCUAUUGACUUUAACUGCCAUGGAUAUUAAGAUCAGUGUAUAAUCAUUUAUUUACUUCCUGUAAAUAGUACGUAUACUGUUACCAUUAUCAUUGGGAUUGUUAGAGCCACUGUGUGAUCAUUUAAAUAUAUCUUCUAUCUUCACACAGACUUCAGUUACCUGCAGUUUUUUUGUGGCUUUGACAUCCAGAGGAAAUGCCGCUACAGGGACUGCAACUGCAUGAGUUGUUGUUGUUGUUUUCUCCAUCCCUCUUUCUUUCUGCAUUUCUCUCUUUUCCUCUUUCUUAACCUGACACCGGUCUGGUUCUGCUCGGUGUAUCUGUCUGUAAGAAGGAAUAUGUUUCAGGAUCUUUAAAAAGGAUGGGAUUGCUUUUUAUUUUGUCUUGAAGUCGGGUCAAAUAAAUCAUAAAAACAAAGAGUGCAUUCAAUAAUUGUUCUUUUUGUAAAGGGCCUUCAGAUUACAUUUGGCUCUUUUUCAAUGAGAUUGAUUGAAAAGAAAUGUGCAUCUUUGUUCGAAAAGAAAAGAGUCCUUGGUGACUUUCGCAUUUUUCCCCCUCUAUGAAUAGCAUAUGAGACAUACAUUCACUAUGGUGUUGCAAGUCAACGAUUCUGUGUAAAGCAGACCAAAAUCCUGAUCCCACGUGGUGUAAUCUUGGGCAAUUACAUACUCUUUGAAUCAUAAAAACCCCAAAAGGCUCUGUGGUGUGCUUGUUAAUCCUGUUGCUGUCUUAAAAAGAUGGCACAGAGCACAAAUCCAAAUCUUACCCAGAUCAGUUGAACUGUAUAGAAAAACAAAUGCUUUUUUUUUUUGCCCAGUACCUACAGGUUUCUCAUUUUUGCUGACCUCCGGUGGCAGUAGCUCUCACCCUGCUGCAGACCUAUAGAAGUGUAUUCAAAUCACUCUGACAUGACAUUUAGCUGUGGUUAGAGAUUGCAGUGUUUAAACUAGUCCUAAACCUUCUACAGCUGUCACAUGUGCACAUACAUAAUACAGAAGAGAGUGUCUAAUGGACUGUGCAGCACCUGGAAAUACCAAAAGUUUUGGUUACAUGGAUUUUUCCCGGUCAUGAUCUAAUCAUCCAAGAUUUCCAAACACAACAUUGCAAUAACAGAGAGAUAUUGGAUGGACUCGAGUAUGUUUUGUCAACAUUAUAUUUUUACUUUUCAUUCUAGGGGAGGCAUAGAUGGUUGUCAGUAACAUCAACAAUGGCUGACAGUGUGACAUAGGCCGGCAUGCACAUCUCUAGGUUACCACUAAGAAAACAUUCAGACACAGCACACUAUUCUUCUUGUUCUUGUUGUUAUUAUUUUUGUAACUUUGUUCUGACACUCCUGUUGGCAUGCACCAGGUUUUAGGUGCACUUAUGUUGUGUUAAUUUGAUCAAACAGUGAGCACAUCACAUGGCCACAGGGGUGCAAUACCCAGUUGAUAUUAUUCUCUAUUUCAAAACUUGUGCACAAUAUAAAUUUGAAUUUGAAUAAGAAUAACUUAAUCAAUCUCCGAAGGGUAAUUCAAUUGUCUGUUGUCUCACAAAAUAUGUCUCUAAAAGUUAUCUACUAUUUACACAAGAAUUAUAAAGUCUGAUGGUUGUUGGUACAAAAGAUCUUCUGAAUCUUUCUGUCCUGCAGCGAAGAGAGAGGAGCCGUGCACCACCAUUGGCCCUUUGGUCCAUCAAGGUGUCGUGAAGUGGGUAAUCCAUGUUCUUUAAAAUUGACUCCAUCUUUCUCAGUGUAGAUCUCUCCACCACAUCCUCCACUGAGUCCAGCUUGAGUCCUACCACAGAGCCAGCCUUUUUUUUUUUUUACCAGUGUUGAGAAAGUGUUGAUAUUGUGUUAAGCUUCCAUGCAUAUGUCUUUUGCAAAACACAACUUGUUUAUGAAGAGUGCAGUAAAAGGAGAACUGAGUUGUUGGUUUGCAAAGGUCUAUAGGCCUACUUAUUGCAUUUCAGUCGUUUUUAAACAGGAAUCUUGAGCACAUGCACAAUCCUAAGUUCCUCUGUGGCCUUCUGUAGCAUGACAGCGCGCCAGAGGAGUGUCACAACUAAUUCACAGAUAACUUUCUCACCACAAUACAAUGCAGACAUAAAUCUACCCAGUAUACUAAAUAGACAUUAUAUAAUGCAAGAGAAAAUGUUGCUUAGUGAAAUGAGCACAGUUUAACCCCUAGUUUGGGGACAGUUUUCUUAUGCACAACAGUCGGUUUGCAGACGCGUAGGUUGGAAGAACCCUCAACCAGCUAAACAUCCAGCCCUGCUCUGAUUGGCUCAGCCCGGGUAAAGGCGGAAGUCUACAGAUCAGGGGGAUUCCCCGAGGGAAGUUCCCAACUCAACCAGGCUAUGUAAAACACACACUGCCAUAUCCUCUCCAGCGCCUCGUAACUUUGCAUCUGAAGAUUAGGCGACGACGCUGCGGUGGUGUCAAAACAACAAAAAAAGUCGUUUUCAACAGUAACUCGAAUGAAGGUAAGAGGACAGUGAGUGUGGCAGAGAGAUAGACGGAGGUGAGGAGUUGUUGUUUGGUCGCUUUAGACUCCGCCGGCUGAAUGAGCUAUCGCUAACUGGAUACCUAAAGUUUAAAGAAUACGGAACUGUGAGGACUGGGCUUUGUAUAACACAUAAAGUUCUCCGCUACUGUUUCCCGGUAGGCUCCCGUGUUGUUGACAAUGAUGUUAAUGUCCUUUAACAGGCUGAGUGUGUUGUUGGCUUUACUGCUGCCUCAUCCAGGAGUCGUUGCUGUGCUGUAUCACUGACAGAUACUGUGUCAUUGUCGCUCUUAUUUUGAAGCCUACUUACUAAUUGAUGAGCUGCUUCAGGUUGGUGAGAUGACACCAACCUCUUUGCUUUAUUUGCAUUAUCUCUAUAAGUCCAUGUUGACUAGUACAUCCUUAAGUUUCUGAUCGCAUAGCUGCCAAAUGACUUUCAAAAUAAAAGGGCAAAAAGUAAAUAUUCUAGCCAACUGAAUGUGACAGAGGUGCUGUUCUUGUGCUAAAGUUUGCAUGUUCAUUGACAGUAUUUUUGUCUACAUAGUAAGCACAUUAUUUCUUUCAAAAGAAGGCACUGAUUGUGGAAAUGUGAAUACAACUUUGCUUUUGCAAAAAGGCUGAUAUUCCACCGGAACUGCCUGUGAUAUUUGGUAAUAACAGUACUGGAAGUAUGUUAGUUCAGUUUUUGCUCAGUCUGGCUGGUCAUUUUGACACAACCUUGGGGCGCUGUUAAUGUGUUUUAUUUCUGAAUUAUGUACAGACAAGUUGGCCAUUGUACGCAGAUUAUUAGGCUUACUAUCAUCAUGCUUAUUUAACUUAUCAACUUUGAUUCUGUUCCUGUUUAUGCAAUCUCUUCAGGGUCAAACUGUGGGUGUACAUUUUAUUAUCUUGCUCAUAGGGCACGUCUGCUGUGUCAGUGAUGUUUGUGGAGCACACGGCAUGGAAAGGAACAUCGGAGACCAGCUCAAUAAAGCUUUUGAAGCUUAUCGCCAGGUCUCCAUCGAAAAGGACAAUGCUAAAAGGGAGCUGCAGCAAAUGGUAAAGAUUCAAGACAGGUUUACAUUUUACUUUUGGGUUUUGUAACCCACUGAAGAAUACAUGAAAAACUGACAUUGUAAAGCAAAUCACACUUUGAGGGUUGGCAAAAUGUAACAGGAACCCUCUUUUUUUUUCAGACUGAAUAUUACGAGCGAUACACUCAAAAGCUUCAGAAGCAGAUAGAGGACCAGCAGCAGUUGAUUUCUAAACUUGAAGCUAAGUUAGCAACAAGGCAGCCAUCAGGUUGGUAAAAUGUGCCAAAUUAUCUCUUCACUUUUAUGCCCACUGGACUAUUUUUUUUUUAAAUCUCCCAUCGCUUUGCAAUCUGGGCAUGGAAACUGAAUGUAAUCAUCAUAAAUCACAAUGAAUCUGUUUAAUCUUUAUGUAAAUGGCUCAUUUUUAUUGUUUUGGAUUUAAAGGGGAGAUGAAAUGCGAGCCUUGCAACCACCUCCUAGAUGAGGCCGCUUAUAGGAAAACACAGUACACGGUAUGUCCCACAUGCUACAUUUCCCUGUGCUCUUUUUUGUCUAUACUGUGUAAAAACUGCAUUCUGACGGUCUCAGAUCUGUUUUUCUUUUACUCUGACACUCUGAAAUACAAGAGCGCAGUCACAGCUUCCUCUAGUAUACAAACAGACAUGUUAGCAGAACUUCUGUGUCUGACACAAAUGUAAGAGGAACACAUUAGACCAAUGGAGCAUCAAUAAAACACUUAACAUGUAUGGUUGAUAUAUCACAGUUUAAGCGCACUGUCUUUUCUCACUUUACCAUAGCAAGAUCAUUCACGGAAUAAAUGCACUUUAAUCAAUCCUGGUCAGGCUACAAUAUCCCCUUAUUUGAACUCCUUUCCACACAGCUUGUGGAUAAAAGUUAGGAGAAAUGUUUUCACUGUUUUCACUAUUAUGCCUCCACCUAUUUGUUUUUCAAUGAUCCAACACAGUGUAAACCUGAGAUAACACUGCUGCUGUGUCAGUACUCACUCUCUGUUUUACUCCUACCAAGGUGUAUCCACUCUUACUUCACCAGAUGGUGCUAGAGGAUAAUAUCGCUGCACAGUUCAGCAGCUUCAGUCUCGCUAUUUUUACUUAACAAACCAGGAAGCAUUUUUCACCAUGAAAAAAAUGAGUGGUGUGUAAAAGAAACUGCAGAUGUAAUACCCAUAUGUCAUUGGAUAAUUGAUGCUAAUGAUUACUGUUGAUGUAAUGUGUCUUUUUUUUUCAGGAGAAAAUGGGCACUGUUGCUGUUUCACCUAAUAUUCCAAUCAACAGCAGCAUUGACUAGUAUGUGUUUCUUUUUUACAUGAAGACUUUUCAGUAAAAGUAAUCCAAAACAACAGCACUGGAAUAGGUUUUUUCCUCUCCCCCUCUCUCUAUCUCUCCCUCUCGCUCUCUUUUUUGUUUUGGUCAGUCAGGACAUGCUGGGCGCAUUCGAAGCGAUCCAAGGGAAAUUCCGGCAGAUUCAGUCGCUAACCAGAAAACAAAAGGAUCACUUAAAAAGGUUCCACGGAGGAAAUGAUGCGUCAAACGGUAGUAAACAAUUGAGCCAAAUAUUACCCACUGUAUUUCAGUCCUGUCACCUAAAACUGCUUGUUUUUUUAAUUCAAUUACUUAAAAGUGAAUGUGUAGGAAUUAAAAAGGUUUAUAUGUCAUAACAGUUUAUGAGUUUAAGUUCAUUUGCUUUGUUCUUAAAGAUAAUUAGAUGAUAACACCUUAACUAAGACUGUAUACGAACGCCUCAUUGCCCUUUCGAACUCUGACUGGCCUCCAAUGUAAAAAUAGCCUGGAUAUACACUGUGUAAUAAUUCCACAGAAAAAUAUAUGUUUGUUUCUGUGUGAUUUAAAUACUUUUCUAUCAUAUUCAAAAAUGCUAAUGUGUGUGACUUUUCAAACGGUUGCCAAGCUUAAAUGUCCGUAAAUUAAGAGCUGGAACACUUCGGCAUGUCAACAGAGAGGCAGAAAUGGUGUCAAAUCUCAUGUUUUAUCUGCUGUCUGACAGAUCAGCGGUUCUCCAUGCCUAUCCAGUGCACAGACCACACAGCAGAAGCAGAGAGACCCUUCUCCACAGCUCUGAGGUCAGCAGUGGAUGUCCCGCUCCCGCCCACGUCUCUGGCGUCUCGUGGCGCGAGCCCCGAAGACAGAGACUUAGUAGACUCUCUCACCAAACUCAGCGUCAAAUUUCCGCCCUCUGCGGACAGUGAAUAUGACUUCUUGAACAGCACACCUGAGAGGCACAUGGGCCUGACCGUACCCGUGAAGCGACCUCUCAUCAACCCGCCCUCCACGUUGACAGAGGAGGAGCCCAUCGAGCUGCCCAUGCCUUUCGUAUACCCCCCAUCCCCCUCCCACUCCACAUCAUCCUCACUUUCCCAAGAGGGUGUGUGGGGACCCCAGCAGGUGAGAAUCACAGGAGAAGGUCUGAGAAAACUAGUAGCAAAUUAUCAGUCUGUGAUUGGUCUUUGCUAAUGGAGGAGUGAAACGGUGUGAAGUCCAAAAAAAAAAAAAAAAAUCCCUUGGCUUAUCUGUAUCACUGUGUAACGUGUGCGGAUUCUUUUUUUACUCAGGCAUGGAUGCUCUGGUUAUAUUUGGCAUUUUUGCUGAAACGUGUGAGCCAGAUGGAGGCACGUUAGAGUGUCUGAAUCUGAUACAAGUAUGAUGGUUUAGUGGGAUUUUAUUUGCUGAUGUGUAUAAACGCUCAAAAAAAAAAAAUGUGAAUGACAUGCUGUAGGAUCUAAAAGUAUGAUUCCAUUCCUGGAAUACAUAAACACAGACAUUUAAAACAAGGAAACACACAUUGUAAAUACUUGAGCGAAGCAUCUCACUUUUCCUGUCACAAAGUAUUUCUGCAGACGUAGGUUGAAAGAGGACAUGUUGUAGUGUUCAAGGUAACAGAUACUUCAUUUUAAAGACCACACCAUGUUGCAUACUUUUUAUUGGAGAAUAAAAUAUUGUUUUCUUUGGUCCAGCCCCUCUGGAGCCCUAAGCUGAGCGAUGCAGUGGACGUGUGGACAGAGCUGGCGACGCCUCAGAGUAGCAGUCCUGAUAAAUGUGCUUUCUGCCACGCUGUGGUUCCUCAGGACCGAAUGAACAGCCACCUCUACUCGCAUUUUUCGCAUAAGAAUGAAGCCGAGGACUGACAUUUGAAGCAGAGACUGACGGGCGAAGGCCACGAGUGCUCAUCACUGUAAUCGUGGUCUCGUCCUGCCUGCCACAAGUUACAUGCGCUGUACUGGAUUUAAAAAAAAAAGACGCUGCAAUAAGACUUGAAUCCAUUUAUUUAAUACUGAAGAAUUGAAUGGUACACUUUCUUGCCCAUUAUAUUUUUCUAUUAUCGCGCUGAAGUUUUACUCUAGUACUGAGAGAAGAUGAUGCAUAAUAAUGGUAUACAUGAGCAAAUAAACCCGACAUGUACUCUCUUAUUUUAUCUUUUAAGUUUUCAUUAUCCAAGUAUUUAAUGAAGCAAAAGAUGAGCAGAAGGUGGAACAUUAUUAACCUUUUUUUUCUGACAUGAUGGCACAUUUUUAAUUGAAAGCAUUAUUGCAUUAA